AUGGAGGACGACGAGCUUCAAGCUAUCAGAGCCAGACGUUUAGCUGAAUUGCAAGGAAAGAGUGGGGGAUCAUCGCAGGGUGCUGGUGGUUUCUCUGGUGCUCCUGCUGGCAUGGGCAGUGCUGCUGGCGGAUCAAAAGAAGAUGCUGAAAAGAAAGGACAAAUGGAGGAGAUGCGUCGCAACAUGUUGUAUCAAAUUUUGGACAAUUCUGCUCGCGAAAGAUUGGGCCGUAUUCAAAUGGUCAAGGCGGAUAAGGCUCGUGCAGUCGAGGAUCUCCUGAUCAGAAUGGCACAAUCCAAUCAAUUGAGAAGCAAAGUAACCGAAAAGCAAUUGAUUGAUCUUCUGGGUCAAAUCAAUCAACAAGACUCUAACUCUACUCAAACCCGUAUUGUCUAUAACCGUAGACAAUAUGAUGAUUCAGAUGAUGAUUAUGAUUUAUAA